CAAGUUGCUUAUGAUGUUGAAUAUCGUUUAGUUACUUGGCAUCUUCAAUUGUCAAGGUGGAUAGUUUCUACACAAUAUUCAAACUGCACUCCCUUUGUGUCUGUACAAGAAAAAUCAUUCCAAUGGUGGUUUCAUGAAAGUUUACUGCAAAAUGUUUCUCUUCGAUCUAAUCAUAGACCUAGGAGAGAUGUACUUGCGACUGGCUUGGGAGCAUAUGGUAGUAUGAUUGGCUCUACUGCACAAAUAAAUUCUGAAAUAUUAAGAUAUAAAUUAGCAAAUCUUGCCUCUCAUGCAGCUACAGGCUUAGAUACUCAAUAUGGAAUUAACAAUAAUAUUGCUAAUCUCCAGCAACAUCAAACUUAUGUUAUGGUGGAUAUUACUAAUAUUAUUAAAAAUAAAUUUAAUGUUUUAGUAAAUGAAUUAUAUAAUUUUACACAUGAGACAGCCUGGGCUAUGUUAUGCUCUCAAGUACAAUCUGAUCUAUCUACUGACUUAAAGAUUCAACUUCAGAGUUUAUGGUCUGGAAAGUGGCCAGCUUCUUUAAGCUUAGCUGCAUCUAAGUCAGUCACUAAUUUUGCCAUGACACAUCUUUUAUGGUGGGAAGUAAUUUUAUCUGACUGCACCACUGAAUUUUGUAUGAUUCAUACAUUAAUUCCUUGGUCUGGUAAAGAUACUAUUAUUUAUCGCUUAGCGACAAUUGGUCUUCCUGCUAAUGGUUCAUUACUGUUUCCAGUAUUGUCACAUCAAUGGGUGUCACAUAACAUUGAUGAAUCAAAAUGGACACUUGUUGAUGUAUCAUUGUGUCAUUCCAAUGCAAAUUCGUUUAUCUGUUCCCUUUCACAAUUCCAUUCAACCAAUGAAACAUGUUGGGAAAAUCAAAAGUCUUGUACCUUACAAAGUCAUUUUAAUGUACUUAGACCGGUAUUUUAUUUAGGAUCUGACAGAGUUUGUUUUCAUUUAUUUAAUUCUGAUACUAUUAUAUUCCAAACACAGGAUAAUGUAUUUGCUAGUUCUCAUUUAUUACCUGGUACCUGGUGUAAUACUAUUCCACUUAAAUAUAUUGCAUCAUCUAAUUGGAAUUUUACCAUGCCCCAAACUCUUAAUAUUACUUUAAAUUUAACAUGGGACCAUGUUAUGAAUUUUUCUGUUUAUAAUUUACCUUUGGGUAUGGGAUCACAAAUGAAGAAAUGGUUAACUGAUUCUACUAUAAUUUCUUCCUUGUUACAAAAUUUAAAACAUAUUUCUGUAGAUACUAAAAUUACAGUUGAACAUGAACAAGGAAUUUUUAAAUCAGCUACUUCUAGUAUUUUACAAGAUGCAAAUAUAUCUUGGUGGGAAUCUGUAUUUGGAUAUAGAUACUCCUAUCUCUCUCUUUUCUUGGUGUCUGGAUGGAAUUCUUUUGAUUUGCACUUGGGCUCUUCUGAAUUGAUCUGCCUGACUACUACUGGACAUGCUGAGGCCUUGUGACAAGUUUACCUAUGGUUGCUGCAAUCGUUACCUGCAACUAACUGUGUCGUCUACUUGUUCCACCCUAUGGUUCUUCCCUGGCCUUUUCAGUGGUU